AUGUUCAAUUCCAUAUACGUACAUGACCCUACGUUUCGUCCUAUCCGUCGCAACAUGAGUUUUAAACGAUUAACGACUUCGAUUUGUGCAGUACGAGUUUGUGUUUGCGGAGACGAAGGCACCGGGAAAUCUAGUCUCAUCGCAUCCCUUGUCAAGGAUGUAUUCGUUAGCAACAAGAUCCAACCCGUUCUACCACAAAUAACUAUUCCUCCAAGUAUUGGGACUCCCGAAAAUGUCACCACAACUAUUGUCGAUACGUCUGCGCGUCCGCAAGACCGGACCACUCUACGCAAGGAAAUCCGAAAGUCCAACGUCAUCCUCCUAGUCUAUUCAGACCACUACAGUUAUGAACGAGUGGCCCUCUUCUGGAUGCCCUAUUUCCGCUCCCUCGGCGUAAACGUCCCCGUAGUCCUAUGCGCCAACAAGUCCGAUCUAACCGAUAACACCACUCCGCAAGUUGUCGAAGAUGAGAUGCUACCCGUCAUGAACGAGUUCAGGGAAAUUGAUUCUUGUAUAAGAGCAAGCGCCAGAGAACACCAGAAUGUGAACGAGACCUUCUUUCUCUGUCAGAAAGCUGUCACACACCCCAUCGCGCCGCUCUUCGACUACAAGGAGGGAAAUCUAAAGCCAGUCUGUGUGUCGGCUCUAAAGAGGAUAUUCUACCUUUGCGAUAAAGAUCAAGACGGAUACUUAAAUGAUGACGAGAUCCAAGAAUUUCAAUUCAAAUGUUUCGAGAAACCCUUGUCCCCCGAAGACCUUGAUAACAUCAAGUUAUCAAUAGCGAAAUCUGUGCCUGGGUCUGAUACUACCAAAGGUGUUGACAUGCGAGGUUUUCUUCAGCUGAAUAAGAUAUAUGCCGAGAAAGGUCGACAUGAAACCAUUUGGAUCAUCCUACGUAAAUACCACUAUACCGAUAGCUUGAGUCUGGAAGACAAUUUCAUUCACCCGAAAUUCGAUGUUCCGGAAUACGCCUCCGCCGAGCUGAGCCCGGCUGGAUAUCGAUUCUUCAUGGACCUCUUCCUACUGUUCGAUAAGGAUAAUGAUGGCGGCUUGAACAAUCAAGAACUACGCGCCUUGUUCGCUCCCACCCCUGGCCUACCUCUCUCCUGGGUAGAAUCGUCAUUCCCCUCUACGACCGUUCGCAACGAAGCUGGUUACAUCACACUGCAAGGAUGGCUUGCCCAAUGGAGUAUGACAACAUUCCUUGAACCGAAAACUACUCUAGAGUAUCUCGCGUACCUAGGUUUCGAGCCUCCGAAUGCUAGAGAAUCUCUGACGUCAGCUUUGAAAGUAACAAAAUCUCGAAAAAGAAGAAGACGUCCUGGCCGAGUCGAACGAAACGUUGUGCUGUGUUACAUCAUUGGCGGAUCGGGAGCUGGCAAAUCGUCUCUUUUAGAUGCAUUCCUCAACCGACCGUUCGACGGCCUGUAUAACCCAACUAUUAAGCCUAGAAGGGCGGUCAAUAGCGUCGAGCUUCAGGGUGGCAAGCAAUGCUACCUCAUCCUAGAAGAACUCGGGGAACUUGAGCCAGCGAUACUGGAAAACCAAGUCAGACUAGAUUCCUGCGAUCUCAUUUGUUAUGCGUAUGAUUCGUCAGACCCAGACUCAUUCUCUCAUAUUGUCGAUCUUCGAAAGCGAUACCCGCAGCUCGAUGAUCUACCCUCAAUCUACACGGCCUUGAAGGCCGACAAAGACAAGACUACUCAACGAAGCGAAUUACAACCGGACCAAUAUACGUCGAGCUUGAUGAUGAGUACGCCGGUUCACGUAAGUGUGACAUGGAAUAGUAUCGGUGAACUAUUCGUCGCUUUAGCUGAGGCUGCCACUAAUCCAAGCACGGCAUUCCCCAAGAGCGAAGAACCACCACCAGACCGGACAAGCCUAUAUCUUGCUCUAGGAGCAACUGCAUGUGCUGCGGCAGCGGCAUUUAUGAUUUGGAGAAGAUCCACGAAUUCUAUCUAG